AUGCCACACAGCGUCGUGACAACAGCCGCCGAGCAGGCGGGGAGCCGGGCCUUCCUCCGAGUCAUGGAGUCGAGUUCAACCACAGGCCCCCCGCCAGGGGUCCCGCCUCGGGCCACGGACACUGUCGCCCCAGGAGCUGAGGGCUGGCCGCCAGGAGUCCCUGGGGGCGCCCCCACCUGGGCGUCCCCCCUCCAGCCAGAGCCCCCACCAGACCUGCAGCUCGGCGAGGAGCAGUGGCUGCAGAUUUCCAAGGACCUGGUCGGCCUCGAGGUCAGGAUCCUUGGCCUGCGGGAGCAGCACGAGGCCGAAGUCUUCCAGCUGCGGAGUGAGGUCCUGCGGCUGGAGAGCCGGGUGCUGCAGCUGGAGCUGCAUGGAGACAGCGCCCACCAGGGACGCGCCGGCCCAGAGCAGCCCCAGGGGCCCGGACCGUGCAGCCCGGGGACGUCCAGAGAACAAGCAGUCAGCAGGGGAGCGGCGGGAACACCACCUGGCCUGGGGGCCCUGUCCGUCCAGCCCCGUCUCCUGGGCGGCCCGGAGCAGCUGCAGGGAGCAGCGGGGCAGGCGCUGGAGCAGCACGGGGCCCGGCAGCAGGCACUGGAGAGCCGUGUGGCAGCCCUGGGCCAACAGCUACAGGAAGCCCGCGAGGAAGCCCGGGCAGCUGGGCAGCACCUGGCCACGCAAGCUGUGGUGAGGCCACCUCCCCCGCAGGCGCUGCGGCAGGCCCAGGCCGAGAACGCGCGGCUGCAGCUGCAGCUGAAGCAGCAGACGGAGGAGCACGUGGCCCGGCUGCAGCGCUGCGCCCGGCAGGCGGUGGUGGGUGCAGGCCCCGAGCCUGAGGCCGUGGCCCUGCGCCCGUUCCUGGAGGCCACUCUGCAGGACAUCCGGGCGGCGCACCGAAGCCGAGAGCAGCAGCUGGCCCGGGCCGCCCGCACCUUCCAGAAACGCCUGGCAGACCUGAGCCACAGGCACGAGGAGCUGCUGGCCACCCACAGGGGCAGCCCCUCCCACCUGGAGCCCCACAAGGCACCUCAGGCCCCUAGCACAGCCCCAGGCCAGAGGCCUCUGAGCAGGCAAUGGAGGAAAACCUUCCACGCUUUACAAAACGGCGGCACACGUCGAGGCCGGGAGUCACGGGUCAGCCCCUGGGCUGCCAGCCAGGCCUUCCAGACCACAGCUCCCUCCCACAGGGGCAUGGAUGCCGCGUCCUGGGCCCAGACCUACCAGAAGCUCUGGGACUUCUCCCAUGGCACCCAGGCGGAGCUGGAGCGGGAGCGGGCGCAGCUGCUGGGCCGGGCCGGAGUCGCGGAGCAGCAGCUUUCUUGGCUGCAGGAGUACGUGGACCAGCACCUGGGCAGGUACAAGCAGGAAAUCCUGAGGCUGAGGCAGCUGCUGGGCGCGGGGCAGCCCCGUGAAGCGGGGGCCGCACUUGGGGCUGAGCUCCAAGGCCCCGGGACCCGCAGCCGCUGGCCGGCCUGGCCAGCACAGAGCCUGCCGCACGGGCUGCCCCGGCGGGAGCCGCCCCCCUGA